UUUGCAUUCCCAUUCAUAGCAGCACCAGCAAAGAACAUUCCAAUUCCCAAAACCAAGAUUGACCUGACCAGGCAGAGAGAGCGAGAGAGAUCUUGUUCCAAUGGCAGACCUGAACGACGAGAAGCCCCUGAGAAAAAUAUCGGAGGCGUUCAAGGAGCUCGCUGCCACUGUGAAUUCCCAAACCGCAGACGUGGAGGUCGCGCCAUUCGCGCGCGCCUGCUCCCAUAUCUCGACUCUCUUCGCCUGCUUGGGCAUCGCCUUCAAGUUUGCUGAGAAGGACUACGUCGCAAAGGUUAAUGAUCUCGCGGGGGCGGCAAGAUCGAUCGGGACCUUGCAGGCUUUGCUUGAACGGGAUGUAGAAGCGAACACAGUAAGGAAAGGUGGUAGUCAUUCGAGAAACCUCUUGAGAGUGAAACGUGGGAUUGAUAUGAUCAGGGUACUCUUCGAGCAGAUCCUAGUAACAGAGGGAAAUUCCCUAAAGGAUGCAGCUUCCAAGUCCUAUGCACAGGUACUUGCUCCUCAUCAUAUAUGGGCUAUCAGAACAGCUGUAGCUGCAGGGAUGUAUGCACUUCCUACAAAGGCACAGCUAUUGAAGAAGCUUAAUGAAGAUGAGACAUCGGCAAGGAUUCAUAUGCAAAGUUACAUUUCUACAUCAGCUCCUGUUAUCCGGUACAUUGACAAACUCUACCUUUCAAGAGGACUGGGUGUUGAUUGGUAAAGCAUGACUUGUUACGUGGCUACUCAGAUUUAUUUGAUAUGAUCAAUCUCUGUCUAUUGGAAUUAGCUUUGAUAUUAUUAUUACUAUUAUUAUCGUGUUUAUAUGAAUACCUUGAAAUUAUUGUAUAUUAAGAUAAGCGUUAUUGCAAA